AACAUGCGAGUCCCAAAUCAGUAAAUAUUCCAGCACGAACAGUCGAUUUAGCAUGACUAAGAAACCGAAUGUUCAUCAAUAAUUAAUCAAUAUACUGAUAGUGGUGAAAAUGAUAUGGAAUAAUGGAAUAAUAUAUAAAAAAAAUAACAAAAAUAAUAAUAAAUAAAUAAAUAAUACAUAAAUAUAUGGAUGGAUGGAUGGAUGGAAUAUAUGGAUUUAUAUGUAGAAUAUGGACUAUGUACAUAAUAUGUACGUACACAUAGUGCAUAUAUAUACCGAUAUAUGGUAUAUUCCAAAAUACUUCUUUAUCGACCGAUAUCUCUACAAAACACAUUGUUGGAAGUACAAACAGGAAGUACAACAUUUUGAUUUGGAACAAGCAUGCAGUAUCGCUUACGCCUAAAUUGCUGAAGCUUGUCAUAGAAAUUUUUCUAUUUUAGAAUAUAAAAUAGUUUUUAAAUUUAAUGAACUAUUAUAUUUAUACGUGUAGUUAACAUUUGCGAAAUGCUAACAAAGGUGUGAAUAACAAUAAAGAAGCAGACGUUUAUAAAUAAGCCAUUGACAUACAUAUAUACAUGUAUAAUUCAAGUCGUAACGAUGGAAAAGGACAUUGUUGUAUCACCGAACGCAUCAUUUAUUCACGAUGUAAUGACAAGUUUGGCUCGAAAUUUCUCAUCAUACCUUGCUAAUAUAGAUCAGGAAGCGUAUAGGACAGCUAUAUGUGUAGCUUUUACAAUAAUUGGGACCAGCUCAUAUAUGUUUUACAAGAUUAAAGGUGAAAACCGCAAGAGAAUUGAGAACAGUUUUAGAAGUAAGAAAGGGAGAGAAUCUCUUAAACUUUCACAUCGCUCAUCAACAUCCGAUUUUGAUUAUAGCAAGGUUUUGAACGAAUUUCAUAAUGCGUGUAAUAAUGGUUCCAACGUUUAUAGUUCAAUGAAAUGCAUUCAAAUGGCUUCGAAUUAUCCAGAACUAAUAAAUGUAAAGAUGUUUUCUGAUGGAGUAACUCCAUUCCAUCGUGUCUGCUUUCACGGCAACGAAGCUUUAGUUGACUUUAUGCUGGCCAAGGGAGCGGAUCCCGAAUUAAAAACAGUGGCCGGCGAAAAUGCGCUCUGUAUGGCUCUUUAUUAUUACUUAUAUACUGAGAAGAAGGACUUGAAUUGUUUAGACACUCUGUACGAAAAAGGUUGCUGUUUUAAAAGUGAAGAUGAGUGGUACAGAACCUUUUUAAAUCUUUCAAUCAAAAGUAACAACCAGAAUUUGACUAGAUGGCUGCUCACACAUUCAAAAGCAAAAAAUAAUAAAUCCUUUACUAGAGCUUCUUCUGCACCUUUGUAAUAAAAAAUGCCAGAAUAUAAUAAAAAUACAUUUUAAAUUUA